UCCCCUUUCGCAGAAUAGCCUCGCAGAGUAGCCACUUUGGUCCCUCCCUCCUUCUCUCUCUCUCUCUCUCUCUCUCUCUCUCUCUCUCUAUAGCUCUUAGUCUCAUUCUCUCUUACGCCUCGCCGGAGCUUUUUUGUUCGUUUUAUCGCCGUCGUGUAGAGCUUACCACGUUCUUUUCCUCCGUCAUCAAACCCUCUGGGGUUUCGCGGCGUGCUUCUGUUCGCGUCUCUUCGUUGAUUUGGGAUAUCUCGGAUUCGAUUCGAGAUGGGAGACUCUCGAAACGGUAACGCACGAGCUCCUGCUGGCCUGCCUCCAAGAGCGCCUCCAAGAGCUGCGAACACCUACGAAAUUGAUGUCAAGAACUUCAUCUCACGCACAAGAGCCUUGUAUGCACACUGGAAUCAGCACAGUGAAGACCUUUGGGGAUCUGCUGACGCUCUUUCUGUAGCUACCCCUCCUGCUUCCGAUGAUCUGCGCUACCUGAAAUCGUCGGCUUUGAACAUUUGGCUUCUUGGGUAUGAGUUUCCUGAUACAAUCAUGGUUUUCACGCCGAAGAAGAUCCAUUUCUUGUGCAGCAAGAGCAAGGCAACUCUGCUUGAAGUUGUGAAAAAGCCUGCACUUGAUGAGUUGAGGAUUGAUGUUGUUAUGCAUGUGAAGGCUAAAGGUGAUGAUGGAACAGGGCAGAUGGAUGCCAUUUUUCGUGCCAUCCGUGAUCUACCUGUUGGUGAUGGAAAGGAGUCUCAAGUUGUGGGACACAUUGCUCGUGAGGCUCCUGAAGGUAAGUUUCUGGAGACGUGGACUGAGAGGCUAAAGAAUGCAAUGUUUCAGUUUGUGGAUAUCACUGCGGGGUUGUCUGAUCUGUUUGCUGUUAAAGACGGAACUGAGAUCAUUAAUGUGAAGAAAGCUGCGUAUCUAGCCUACAGCGUGAUGAAGAAUGUUGUUGUUCCUAAACUUGAGAAUAUUAUCGAUGAGGAGAAAGAUGUCACCCACUCUUCGUUGAUGGAUGUCACCGAGAAAGCAAUACUUGAGCCAACGAAAGCCAAUGUGAAGCUGAAGGCAGAGAAUGUUGACAUAUGCUACCCUCCCAUAUUUCAGAGUGGAGGCAAGUUUGAUCUGAAGCCUAGUGCUGCAAGUGAUGAUGAAUUGCUCACUUAUGAUCCAGCGAGCAUCAUUAUAUGCGCUGUUGGUGCUCGGUACAAUAGCUAUUGCUCCAAUGUCGCUAGGACUUACCUAAUAGAUGCAACUCCUCUCCAGAGCAAGGCUUAUGAAGUUCUUCUCAAGGCACAUGAGGCUGCUAUUAAUGCUCUGAGGCCAGGAACUAAGUUGAAUACUAUCUAUCAAGCUGCCCUGUCCGUGGUUGAAAAGGAAGCUCCUGAGUUGGUUGACAAGCUAACCAAAUCUGCUGGUACUGGUAUCGGUCUUGAAUUCAGAGAGUCUGGAUUGAAUAUUAAUGCGAAGAAUGAUAAAGUGUUGAGAUCAGAGAUGGCGUUUAAUGUGUCUCUUGGGUUCCAGAACUUGGAAUGUGAGGAGGAGAGCCGCAGCAAGAACAAGAAAUUCUCGCUAUUACUGGCUGAUACUGUUAUUGUUAAAGAUCAGAAUCCUGAGAUUUUGACUACAAAGUGCUCCAAAGCUGUCAAGGAUGUGGCUUAUUCAUUCAAGGAGGAAGAAGAAGAGAAGCCAAGGAAGAAGGCAAGGACCGCUGGACCAGAGAACUACAUGACAAAAACAGCUCUUAGAUCAGAUGAUCAUGUGGUGUCUAAAGAGGAGCUGCGGAAACAGCACCAGGCAGAGCUUGCACGCCAGAAAAAUGAAGAGACUGCCAGAAGGCUUGCUGGUGACAGUUCCGGUUCUGGAGACCGCCGGUCUACUGCAAAGACUUCCACUGAUAUGGUUGCCUACAAGAACGUUAAUGAUGUGCCUCAGCCUAGGGAUUUGAUGAUCCAAGUUGAUCAGAAGAACGAGGCUUUACUGUUACCCAUCUAUGGUAGCUUGGUUCCGUUCCAUGUAUCAGCGAUCAGAACAGUAUCAAACCAGCAUGAGAGCAGCCAGAAUAACUACAUCCGUAUCAUUUUCAAUGUCCCCGGUACACCCUUCAACCCUCCUGACUCUAACACUUUGAAAAACCAGGGAGCUAUAUACCUCAAGGAGGUUUCAUUCCGGUCCAAGGAUUCAAAGCAUAGCAGUGAAGUGGUUCAGGCGAUUAAGACCCUGAGACGGCAAGUCAAUGCUCGUGAGUCGGAAAGAAUCGAAAGGGCAACACUGGUGACCCAAGAGAAGCUUCAGCUUGCAGGAAACAAGUUCAAACCUCUCAGGUUGUCUGAUCUAUGGAUCCGUCCACAGUUUAGCGGUCGCAAGAGGAUUCCUGGAACACUCGAAGCUCAUGCCAAUGGUUUCAGAUAUUCUACAACUAGGCCCAAUGAGCGGGUGGAUGUCCUGUUUGGAAACAUUAAGCAUGCGUUUUUCCAGCCUGCUGAGAGGGAGAUGAUCACCGUCCUGCAUUUUCACCUGCACAACCACAUCAUGGUAGCAAACAAGAAAACAAAGGACGUCCAGUUCUAUGUUGAGGUGAUGGAUGUUGUGCAAUCCUUAGGCGGUGGAAGGAGAUCAGCCUAUGACCCAGACGAGAUUGAUGAAGAGCAGCGGGAGAGGGCUAGGAAAAACAAGAUCAACAUGGACUUCAAUCAUUUUGCAAGCCGAGUCAAUGAUAUGUGGCAACAACCUCAGUUUGCAAGUUUGGACCUUGAGUUUGAUCAGCCACUGAGAGAGCUUGGGUUCUAUGGUGUGCCACAUAAGACAAACGCUUUCAUCAUCCCGACCUCCAGCUGCCUUGUAGAGAUCACUGAAAUGCCCUUUUUUGUGGUCAGUUUGAGUGAGAUUGAGAUUGUGAAUCUGGAGAGAGUUGGGUUUGGGCAGAAGAACUUUGACAUGGCCAUAAUCUUCAAGGACUUCAAGAAAGAUGUUCUCAGGGUUGACUCUAUUCCCACUACUUCUCUAGAAGGGAUAAAGGAAUGGCUUGACACUACUGAUAUAAAGUACUACGAGAGCAAACUGAAUCUGAACUGGAGGCAGAUCCUCAAGACAAUCACUGAUGAUCCACAGAGCUUUGUAGAGGAAGGUGGAUGGGAGUUUUUGAACUUGGAUGGAAGCGAUUCAGAAUCUGGUGGCUCUGAGGAGUCAGACAAAGAGUAUGAGGCCUCAGAUGUGGAGGUUGAGUCUGAGUCAGAGGACGAGGAUUCAGACAGCGCUUCACUGGUUGAGUCAGAGGACGAUGAAGAAGAAGACUCGGAGGAAGAAUCAGAGGAAGAGAAGGGUAAGACAUGGGACGAGCUGGAGAGAGAAGCUACUAAUGCAGACAGAGAGCAUGGAGCUGAGUCUGACAGUGAGGAAGAUAGGAAGAGAAGGAAGAUGAGAGCGUUUGGGAAAUCGCGUCCUGGAACCAGCGGUGGUGGUGGAGGCAGAAGCAGCGGUGGAGGAGGCAGCAGCAUGAGGAACAUGCCACCAUCCAAACGCAAGCACAGGUGAGAAAAAACCAAUAAUUCGAAUUCCGCUUGUCCUAAUACUCCACAUUGUUCUUUGGAGGUGAAACGAAAAUCAGACAAUUUGCAAGGUUAACUUCUAGUGUUGUUUUUUUUUUUGGUUGGCAAACAAAAACUAUGGUUUAGUUAUGGUUGAAUGAAUCAGACUGUCAUGUAUAAUUAUCACUUCGUAUGUUUGGAGAAGCAUAAGGGAUUUUAUUA